CCGACUUCAGUAAGAAACUUGAUCGUGGCUUCCCAUUCCGGUGUGCUGAGCUGCGUCUCGCGUGCGAAGUUGUGGAUGUGUGUUACGAGCCGUUCUUAAAGGAAUUCAGACAGCCGUCGGGGCAGUUACAAUUGAAAAGCACUCUUGGUGAUGUUUUCGAUAAGUAGCAUUGUCGAACCUUUUCGCUGACCGCGACUCCGAAAAGAAAUCUUGUGGAAGCAAGGCCGACGUGACACUAUCUUGUGUGGCCAAUCACUAUGCCACAGUAUGCGCGACUCUCGAUUCUCUUAUGGCCCUUGCAUGAAAACCCGAGACUGUAGGCCCGGUUGUUACUAUGCCGUACAAGAGCGCAAUCAUGCCGUAUCUGAGCGCCUUGAACGAUUUAGCCAUGCAGAUCGGUGCGCGCAACGUGUACCGCGACCCAUCCGACCCUACCCGCCUCCGUGGCACGAACACCGAUUGGCUACGCAUUCGAGGCAGUCUGCUCGAGAAGAGCUCAGAAAAUCAGCUGGUCGUCAAUCAGCCUGCGUUGAUUGUGGGUGCAGGUGGAACGAGCCGCGCCGCUGUGUGCGCGUUGCACUCGCACUUCAAAGCCUCCGUUAUCUACAUUCUGAACCGCGAUGAGAAGGAAGUCGAAGAUUUGAUAGCCGAUAUGGAGCGGCUUUCGAUUCCACUGAAUCUCGUCCACGUCAAGCCUGCCGGGGCUGGAUGUUUCAAAUACCGUACUAUACCGUUGUAACCGGAGUUUGGUCACAGCGCGAGUAUCAGACGGAACGAUGUCUGUGGUACAUCCGUGGCAGCGAUGCAUAUUGAAUGCUUUUUUGUCCUUGCCUGCUUUCGAUGUAGCAAUGAAGUCAGUGCAGGCCAUACGGCCGGGCCAUGUGGUGUAGACGUGUGCAUCUGGAUAGAAGAUGGACUCGAAAUUCUACCAUUCCCACGCUUCCUAGAAGCCGUGCCAGCUGAAGGUUUCUGUCAAAGGGGGAGUGGGGGGGGAGUGAGCAGAAUCAUGAUGUAUUGAGGUGGCUGCUAUCUGGUUUAUA